AAAGCUAUUUUCUGGAUCGUUCUUUGACUGCUUGCAGGCUUCCACUUUGCACAGCAAUGGGCUCCAACUGCUGCCGCUAGUUUCUCUCUCCGGGCGUUAAGCGUUAGGGUUUUUGGUUCCUUUCACAGGAUCACUAAAACCGCUCAGAUGAGUUUCCAAGAUCUGCAAAAUGGCAAACGGCCUCCCUCCUCUGCUUCUGGAAUGUCCAGAAGCCCAUCCCAAGCGGUGGCUGCUGGCGUUUUCCAGAUCAACACCGCCGUUGCCGGUUUCCGUCGCCUCGUUGAUGCCAUCGGAACUGCCAAGGACACUCCCGAGCACCGCCGGAAGCUGCAUAAUACGAGGCAGCGGAUUCUGCAGUUAGUUAAGGAUACUUCUGCUAAGCUCAAAUCUGUGAGCGAAUCCGAUCACGACAUUAACGUUAACCCAAGUAAGAAAAUAGAAGAUGCGAAGCUUGCAAGGGAUUUUCAAACCACAUUGCAAGAAUUCCAGAAAGUGCAAAAGCUUGCUUCCGAGCGCGAAUCCACUUACUCUCCUUCUCUUCCUGCAUCGUCCUUGACUGCCGCGUCUGGCUCCGGUGAAUAUGUAGCCCCUAGUAUGGAUCAGGAUACCCAACCUUUUCUUAUGGAACAGAAAAGACAAGAGGUAUUGCUUCUGGAUAAUGAAAUUGCUUUCAAUGAGGCCAUAAUUGAUGAAAGGGAACAGGGCAUUAGAGAAAUACAAGAACAAAUUGGACAAGUAAAUGACAUAUUCAAGGAUCUAGCUGUUCUAGUUCAUGAGCAGGGUGUGGUUAUCGAUGAUAUCCAUUCCAACAUUGAAUCUUCUGCUGCUGCAACAAACCAAGCAAAAGUUCAGUUAGCAAGAGCUUCAAAAAGUGUGAAAUCCAGAUCUUCAUGGUGUUGGUGGCUACUGGGAAUUUUUGUACUGGCAGUGGUCAUCGUUCUCCUCAUCCUCAUUAUAUAGUGCACGAUAUAUAUAAAUUUGCAGCUGUGGCGUGCCUUUCCAAUAUAAAUUUGUGUGUUCUGUGAUCUUUUUUCUAAUUGUAAUUCUGAUAGUUCCUUUUUAAUUGAUUUAUCUAAUUUAUAAGUGUUAGAGUGGAAUGCUGGUCCUUGAAGCUUUUUCUUUCUCCAAUUUUGGCCCUUUGAUUUGGUUUUGUGGGCAAUUGUGCUUUUGUACAUCUAUGAUUGUUUGUAUAAAUUUAUCUAUGGGCACAAAAUAAAUAGGCUGUUAUUGUUUCUCAAA